ACAACUGUUCUUUGAAAUAGAUCACAAAUCAAUCAGCUUCUACAGCAAGCACAAUACAAUAUUAUCACUCAUCUACAUUUUGCAGACCAACUAAAACCAACCACCAUGAAAUCCUACGUAGCUGCCGUUUUAUUGUUGGCUCUUGCCGUCUGCGCAACCGCCGAAGAAGCCAAGCAACAACAAGCUUCUCCUGCUAAGACAACCGACAAGCGCAGCAUCUACGGACUGGGUUACGGCUACCCUGCAUACCACGCACCCCUUUCCUACCCAGCUGCCCCCUUGGCUCUGCCCACAUCCUUCAUCUCGCCACUGAAGUACCACGCACCUCUGUCCUACCCUCUGUCCUACCACGCUCCCCUCUCUUACCACGCUCCCCUCCCCUAUCACGCUCCCCUUUCCUACCACGCACCCCUCUCCUAUCAUGCACCCCUCCCCUAUCACGCUCCCAUCUCUUACGCAUCCCCCCUGUCCUACCACCAUGCACCAAUCUACAAGGCCCCGUACUACGCCCCGUCUAUCUACUAAUAGAUGAUAUCGCACUCGUCAACCGACACGCUAUUGCAAUAAUAGGAAAAAAUCAUAUAAUCUGAACUAUAAUUGCUACGUCGUCGUCGUCGUCGUCGUCAAUCUUUAAUUCAUGUAUUUGUAAAUCAUUGUUAAUAAUCAUAUUAUUUUAUUUUAUUUGUAUAUAAUUAUUUGUGCAUCAUCAU